UCGGCAUCACGACAGAGGAGGAGGAAAGUACUGAGGCUCUCAAAGAUCCCAGGCUCGGUGGCUGCAUGCUCACUUGUCUCUGGCUUGAAGACGAACAUCUGUACUAAUCAGCAGGAACCAUGGAUUUUGUAAUGAAGCAAGCUCUAGGUGGGGCCACCAAAGACAUGGGUAAGAUGCUAGGCGGGGAGGAGGAGAAGGACCCGGAUGCAGCCAAGAAGGAGGAGGAGCGACAGGAGGCGCUGAGGCAGCAGGAGGAGGAGAGGAAGGCAAAACACGCCCGUAUGGAGGCAGAGAGGGAAAAAGUACGGCAGACUAUCAGGGACAAGUAUGGGUUAAAGAAGAAGGAGGAGAAAGAGGCGGAGGAAAAAGCGGCUAUGGAGCAAGCCUGCGAGGGGUCCCUGACACGCCCGAAGAAAGCGAUCCCACGAGGCUGCGGAGAUGAUGAUGAGGAGGACGAGGAGAGCAUUCUUGACACCGUCCUCAAGUUUCUGCCUGGACCUCUACAGGACAUGUUCAAGAAGUAAAAGAAAGAAACAUAAAACGAAUCAAAUAAACCCUAAAUUCAGGGUCCGGUCUGGCUCGGGUCAGGCUACGGGGCAGAGGGUUGAGGGAAUCUUUGGGUUAAGCAAAAAGACACUAAGGGAAUUAUCUGGGGUAUUUGUGAGGGUUUGAGUGUAGAUUUGGGGCAUGUUGGCCUUCUUAGGAUCAAAACAGAUUGGGGGGGGGGGGUCUUGUCAAACUGUUAAAGGCUACACACUGCCUUUCUAGAGAUCUUUUACUUUGUUUUUUCUACUCUUUGAUGACUGGGUCAUUCUCGCCCUUUAUUUACCACAAUGUCGUGCAACCUUUCAGCUGCCAGUUAGCACAGUUCUUACACCUCAGUUGUUUUGCCCUUGUUCUUAUUUGAGGACAGACAGUUUGUGGCCAUCAUGGAGAACAGCACUGGAGGACAGUGGAUUCAUGUCCACUUGCUUUUGGGUUUAAAUGGCACAGCCACCGUGGGCUUUUCGAUUUUUACAAACCUUGUGUAGAUCUUUAUAUUAAAAUAAAUCAACAUUUGAGUUUUUAGGACAUGUGCCUUCAUAUCACCUCCUCUAGCAGAGGAAUUGUAAAUGAGGGUUUCAUUUUGAGUCAAAGAGGUAGACAGCUGUUGGCACUCAUUCAAAGACACUAGACUGGACAUUUUUGGAAUAAUGUAUUUGAUAUUAGGAUUUCUAGUAGGCAUAUAUCGGGGUUCCCAGGCGCCACUGUUCAAACCAUCAAAUCUUCUGGAAAUCCCAGGAGUCCUGAUGGCCCAGAACACUAAAAUAUGAUUUAUUUCCUUUGGUCACACCUACUCAAUUAACAGCAUCGCUUUCUAUAGUUUUAUAUUGUACUGUAAUAUUCAUUUUCUAUCUCCUACCUAAAAAGAUUACACAGGCAGAAGCUGAAUUUUUUCCACCAAAGUUCCCGUGUGCUGACUGAAGGGGUCAUAAUUACCCUUCUACUUCCACCUCUAAAAGCUAGACUUUUCUAAUCUGAUCGCCUAAUUACAUUUACAGAGGUGAAACUUAAACAUCUUAAAAACUUUUGUCAGAAUGUAAAUUUUCAGUCAUUGAGAUUGGAAUCUAGAUAUCUCUAGAUCUCUAGAGAUCUAGAGAUCUCUAGAUCUCUAGAGAUCUCUAGAAUUCUACCCAAGAUAUCGUUGAUCAUGAGCAAACAGCUGCUUCUGGCUUGCUUGAAUCUGCUUUGCAGGAUGAAAUCACAGCUGUGUGCACAGCUCAAUGCCAUGGCCAGACCAAGUCAUCAUCAUUUAAGCAGUGUGAGCACCAGAGACAAUCAAAGCAUUGACCAAUAGGAAGCUGGGGGUUACCGGAUGUUUUCAUCUCCUGUCACACAGUCUUUGAGUUGAGUUAACUGAUUCCUGCUUUCCCCCAAAUUUCAACCCUUUAUCCAUAUUUUAUUGUUUAUUCUUUUUUGGCUUGGUAUUUUCCCACACUUAAAUUUGCUUCACAUCCCACCUGAGCUAACCUUUUCUCUCUUUGGAUGUAUACAUUUCCCUUGACUGACGCUCAUCAACAUCAAGACCAAAGAAAUACUGGUGAUACCUUACUAUUUCUUUUGUCACAAAGACAUGCAUGCUUGCUUUUGUUUUUUAUAUAUAUCAUAUGUACCAGGCCUGCAGAAGACACACAGCAAGCUCAUUCAGUGUGCGCAUGCAUCCCAAAGACCACUGCUAAGCAAAUUGCCAAUGCCUCUUCCUUCCUCAAAGGUAUUUAUAAUGAAUAGAUAAUGUAACUAUAGACUGAGGAAACUGGUCUGUGAGUUGUUGCAUCUCACUGCCUGAGGAGCUCGCUUAUAUUCUGCAUCCUGCAUCUCUUAAUCCAAAUAAAUAUCAUAGUGAUUUGUCAUAUAGCAUUCAAAUAGAUGUGCUGUAAAUUAAAACAAAAUCUAUUAGUGAGAGUACCUUAAUAUAUGGACAUUAAACAAUAAAACAAAGCAUGUUGGUUAUUCUUAAAAGAUCCGAUGACGUUUCAGUGGUUAGUGGUGCAAUGAUGUAUGGUCAAUACAUUGUUCCAUGAGUUUGUAACUUAGAGUAACUUUAGGGAUCAAGAUUAAUGAAAAAGUUGACAUAAACACCAUAAAACACGUUUUUCUCUUUUGGGUUUCAUCAUUUUUCUAGCUCAGAUAGGAAUUUUCACUAGACAAAGCCAUAUUGUUUAGACUGCAAUAAUGACUAAAAAUGGUAUAAAGAGAAUAUUUCAAGUUUCAUGUCUCAUGUUUGUUUCCUGUAGUUGCGUACCUGUUUGUAAAUCCUUCUUGUAUCUUUAAACACGUAAACAAAGAAAAUGUGUGUAGAAGAAGAAACGAGCCAUUGUUCUCAGCGUGCUGCCCGUGUACUGUACGUGUGUGUGUGUUUAUACGUGUGUGUCUUUCUACAUGUCUGUGAUGUGCGAUCAUGUUGUUGGUCCAUAUUGUCCUGGUUUAUACUGUGUAAGUGUGUCUUUGAACUCUUUCUGUGCCAUGUCUGAAAAGAAUAAUACUUAACACAUUCCUUACAGGUGUCGAGCAUGCAAACGUGUGGUAGAGAAUACAGAAAGAAAAGAUAAAAAUACACACCUUCCUGUUUCUGUGGGAGUCUCCAGGCAACAGAACCUGUUAUUGUAUCCAGAGGG